AUGUCCCGACCCAACGUCCUCAUCUUCGGCCUCGGCGGUAUCGGCGGAAUAUACGCUUGCAUUCUGCACCUCUCGGGCGCGUGCGACGUCUCGGUCGUUGCGAGGAGCAACUAUGAGGCUGUCAAGAGCAAAGGCUUCAGGAUGGUCAGCGACAAGUUCGGGACCCACGAGGAUAUCAAGUUUGCGGGUGUGUUCAAGAGUUGCGAAGAUGCUGCUGCAAGUGGCCGCAAGUUUGACUUCGUACUCUGCGCGAACAAGGCUCUUCUGGACGCAAAGCCAUCCCUCUCCGACCAGCUCAAACCCAUCAUCUCGUCCGAAACAUCCAUCGUCCUCCUCCAAAAUGGUGUCGGUGCCGAAGCCCCUCUCCACGACUCCUUUGCCUCCAACACCAUCAUCUCCGCGGUAGUAUGGACUGGUGGUCGGGUCGCCGCUCCCAAGGACGGCCAAGCGGGCGUAGAGAACUUCAAUCGCGAAGGCCUGACUAUCGGAGUGGAUUACAAGGAGGGCGGAGACCGCGCGGCCGAGAAUGCCCGAUUGAAGGCGAUCGUCGGUAUGCUUGAGAAGGGCGGGAGCGAGUGCAAGGUCGUGGAUGACAUCCAGUCUGAGCGGUGGAUCAAAGUCAUCUGGAACUGCUGCUGGAACUCCCUGACCACUGUAUCUCGCCAACGUACAUCCACCUUCUUUCUCUCCUCGGACGAGGCGCUUCCGCUCUGCUACACCAUCAUGCGCGAGGUUGAGGCGGUCGCUAAGGCCAAGGGCCUGACCAUCCCCGAGGGCACGGUCGACCGGCUCAUCAAGGAGUGCACAGUCGUCAAGGCGGGUCUGCCGAGCUCCAUGCUGUUUGACUGCUUGGCGCAUCGGGCGAUGGAGGUCGAGGUGAUCCUGGGCACGCCGUUGAAGGAGGGCAAGCGGCUAGGCGUGCCGGUGCCGACUCUGACUGCACUGUAUACUAUCGUUAAGGCGCUGGACUACGCCAACUUGCAUCCCGAUGAGAUUGUCUUGUAG